UCUUGAGUACAUGCAUUUUCGGUUUUGAUAUUUUGCCAAAAAAAGGAACAACACUGUCUGUCACUGACUUGCCACUAAGUAUUGCUUGUAAUAUCCUGGGAUGAUUUUUUAUCCAAUAACAGUGAAAAAGGGUGUCUUAACAAAAAAAAGAGAAAAACUGCUAAAGAAAAUAGAUAUUUCAGGAAAGAAAAGAAAAUGGGAAAAACUGAUAAAGUAUGUAGAUGACAAUGAAGAAUUGGCUAAUUCUACUAGGUCUGUGAGAGAAAACAAAGAGACCACUCUUAAUACACCACUUCAUUAUGCUGCACUUGGAUCUGCCCCUAAGGAUGUUUUUAAAAAAUUGCUUAAAAAAGGAUCUGCUAAAUGCCUCAAGAAUUCUGCUGGGGAGACAGCGUAUGACAUUGGCGUGAAGUCGCAGCUCCCUCAAGAUGUAUUGGAUUUGAUUAAAAUUCCACAAGAAAUAAAACAGAAAGAAAAAAUGAUACAGAAAUUUGAAGAGGGCUUACAUAAACUUAUCAUGGAGAGAGUUGAUAAUUUGAUAAACGAAAAUAAGGAGGUUCUUCCUCAAGUCGCAUAUUUGUUUGAGAAGGGUAGCUUUCACUACAUGGUGCCAAUGAUGUAUGGUGGAUUCAAUGUUGAGAGAAAAGGAGAAAAUACCAUCCGAGUCUCUAGUUUUAUAAGGGUAUAUGAAGGAAGUGGACAAAGACAUGAAAUUGACAGUGAGGGAAAUGUGAAACUGACGGAAGACGGAUACUGUUAGGAUCUGAAUAUACUGAAUGUAAUUUAUUUCUCAAAACUUUUGGCUCACUUAUAGAGGCUAAAGUGAGCUCUUCAGAUCAAAGAUUUGCUAGUUCUGUGAUUACAUACAUGUCAUAUCGUAUAUAUGUGUAAAUGUGUGGCUGAAACUAUCCACUGUGAGGUUUUUUUUCAGAACAACAUUUGAGUUUUUUUUCAACAUUUGAGGUCAAACUAGUUUUUAAAGUAGUGUAAAUUGAGUUUUCAUAUUCUAUUAUUUUUUGGAUUUGGUGGGGAUAAGAAUGAUUGCACGCUAAACAUUUGACAUAACAACUUUUAUGCUGAAUUAUAUAUUAGUGUAAGGUUGUGGGAAACAAAAUAACUGAUAUGAAAUCUUGUUGCAUGUAUGUAUUCUUUAUCAAUACUGUAUUUAAGUCCUCCAACUUAGUUUGGGUCACUAGAAGAAAUGUCGUUGUAAAGGACUUGGAACAAUUGCAUUGUUUUGCCUUCUUAUCCUGUUGAAUUAAGAAAAAAAGCUUUUAUUUUCCAAUUAAAUUUUGGAUCUAAAUAGAUAAUUGUAUCAAUUUU